AUGAUUGCGUUACAAAACCGGCCUAUCUUGCCGCCCGCCAAAGUGGAUAUCUCACUGCUACUCAAGCCCCAAGAUGAGGAAGAAACCUCGGGCAACCCUGCCCCUCUCUAUCCCCCGAGGAUGUCAGGUCCUCUCCCCGGUACAUCCUUCUUGGCCGGUCCUCCGAUGGCUGUGCCACCGCCAUUAACCAAGACGGGCCCAACUGGCGCUCCCAAGCGUCUGCAACCCGCCCAUACGGCGGAAUCUCCUGCGAAGAAGCAGUCCAAAUGGUCACCCGAGGAGGAUGCCUUGAUUAUUGAGCUGCGGGGCAGUGGUAUGAAAUGGGAGGAUAUUAGCAAACGGCUGCCAGGUCGCAGUGCGAUCAGCUGCCGUCUUCACUAUCAAAAUUACCUGGAGCGUCGCAGCGAGUGGGAUGAGGACAAGAAGAACAAACUGGCUCGUUUAUAUGAACGAUUCAAGGCAGAGAUGUGGUCCAAAGUGGCCGAGGAAAUGGCUAUCCCAUGGCGUGCUGCAGAGGCAAUGCACUGGCAACUGGGAGAGCAGGAGAUGGCCCGCCGCGCAGGCGUGGUGCCCUUUUCCUUAUCAAGCCAUGCGAUCGACCCCCCCGCCACCAGAACUCGUCGAGCCAGCACUUCUUUGGCUCGGCCACGGAAGAGUUCUAUCACCCGCGCCAUCCCAGGUCACCCAGGCCUGGCCCCUCAACUACCAUCCCUCGAAGAACUGACGGCGGGGGUCCCUGCAUACGCACCUGCACCACCAGCUCCUCAACCUCCACGAGAGUACUAUGGGAUGGGCCGACCCGAGAUGGGCAUUCCUCCGCCCGGAAUGAUGGGCCCACAUAUGGGAAUGCCCCCACGGACGUUGCCCUAA